AUGAAGAGCGUCGCCCGUCCUUCUGCCCUUCUGCUCUGCUUUCAAGCUGGUAGGCUGAAACUCUCUUCUCUGAUGAGGGUCAGAUUCCAUGGAGAAGGAAGUUUCUUCUUGGGAAUUCUCAAGGUGGGGGGAAGGGCCUGGGCCAGAAGACCCCCCCCUUUCAUGGUGGGUUUAGGCACCCCAUGGCUUUUUAGGGCUGGUUGCCACUCUUGGGGUUUCCACAGCCUCUCUCUAGCUUAAGCAUGGCCCAAUUCCUAGCCACGACAGGGCAGUUGGGAGGGAGCAGCCCCAGAGAUUCUGGCCCAGCAGGAUCAGACCCCAGCGAGGGAACAGGCCCUUCUGGCUGAUGCACAGAUCCAAACAGGAUGACACAAGUGUUCAUUUGGCAGGAAUACCAAUAGGAAUACCAACUCAUGUACUCUCGUGAGGCAAGGGCCUGAUCCCACUCUUCCUUGGCAGAGCACCCGUCAGGGUCAAGAGUCUUAUUUUCCCCUUCUGGCUCAGCCGUGGGAGUCUCGGAGCGGGGCCUGUCCAAAGAGCAAAGGACCCGCUAGGGCAGUGGCUGCUGUUCUUCCUGCUUUGGGGUAGACUUUGGCUUCCAGGAGCUUGUCCGUUUAACACCAGCUCUCUCAGGAAAUGAGGAAAUGGUCGUCCCACAUCACCCAUUUUCUUGGCAGGCCGGGGGGGGGGGGGAGGUGGUGGGCAGAGAUGGCCAGAAACCCCCACAGGCCCCCAGCCCAAAUAAAAGGCCUUCGCAGUUCCAGCCAGUCCUACAGUUGCAAAGCCGCUGACAGGAACCUGUUCUUGUUGCGUUAUGCACAGUUGGUUGAUCUUUAAAUAAUUUUUGUAACAAUACAUAUAAUGAACCCAAACACUAAGAGCUAAGAAACAAAAUAGCAGCAGCUGAAUUCAUAAUACCAUUAAGGAGACCAGACAUGUAAUCAAAGGAAAGAGUGAAAAAGGAGUGAAGAAGAAGAGAGAAGGCGUCCAAAGGGGAUGUGGAUUCUGGCAGAGCCCACACGGACGGUUCACGCAAACCGUCCCAAAGAGGAGUCCCAGAUCUGAGACAUUUUGUUUUCUGUAUGCUGCUGGACAAAAGGAGCCCUUCCCUAGGUGUCCAGGGAAGAGAGGCCCUCUGGCCAAGAAGAGUGAUUGGGGCAGCUGCUCAGUCCUGCCAGGUCAGCCACUUGGCCUCCAACCAGCCACGCAGGUCCAGCUCCGCUGUCCCUCUAGCAAAUCCCAGGACAGUGGCGUACAAGGGGCGCAGCGUGGACCCCUGAAGACUUCAGAAAUGUUUCUAGGAUCAGGCUAAUAUGGGGAAGGGCACCUGCGGGGCAAGGCCAGGCAGGGCGUUUAGUGCUGAUCCUACUGAUCACUCUGGGCAGCUGCCAUGCACUUUGGACAGAGGCAGCUGGCGUCUAGGAUGCCUGGAAAACAAGCUUAGGGAGGGUAAGACGCAGGUUGAGGUCCAAGGAGGCCUUGCGGCUGUCAGGGUGGAUUGCCAUUGCCUUGUGUGCAGUUCUCUGUUCCAGUCCUCCAUAAGGCCACCCGUAUUGACCAUCCCCUCAUUCAGCAGAGUCUUACAAGAGCAAAUUGUGGUUUGGGGAAUUGUACUGAACUACAAGAUUCUGCUACAAGCUUUGAGUUUCAGAAGCACUUGAGGCUGCUGGGCCAUAGACAGAGACCAGGAGGUGCCAUGCGUUCAGCCAUCCUGCUGAAGGCAGCAGCAAAAAGGAGGGGAAAAGGCAAGAAGGUCCGUCCCCUCUUUGCCCAUCCAUGGCAGAAAGGCCCCAGGCCACCCAGCUCUUCUCCAGCAACUGUGGGGCCCCAGUUUUAAUACUGCUGAUGGGAAUGUUGUUUGUGGAAAUAUGGCGGCAGUCUGAGCUGUAGUUCUCCACACAAUGCUGAGUUGGGAGAAAUGAGCCACUUUGAAUCUUGCCAGGGAAAAAGCCAGGAGAUAUUAUGUAUGUAGAAACUAAAUCAUUUGGCUUUGCUCAGCUUUGGUCCAUUUGUGCAAGGACCAGGUGGCCUCAGCUUUUGUCUUCUCUGCAAAGAUGGGACAGAAAGAUACAGAAACGGAGCGACCUGCAAACACCACUUUGGCCAAGUUCCUAUCAUCAUUUUUACCAUCAUCAAGAGAACCUGAAGAAAUGUUGCUGGUCAUUUUCUCUUGCUGGACAACUGAAUACGACCUCACAUGAUGGCACCUGGGAUUUGCCACAUCAGGAGAAAAGUUGGAGGCUUAACAAGUGACCAUGGGUGGUAAAUUGCCACCCAUAUUCACCACAUGAAAUUGACUGAGGAAGCCAUUUCAGAAGCAAAGGGUGGGAGUGCACCUGUGCCCCUGGGCGGCAGCAGCAAAGCCCUACAGAGGAUACAGCCCCCCAGGGUCCUGCUCCACCCCUCUGCCCCCAGGUGACACGGGCCAAGCUGAACAGUAGGCCCUGCUUGGCUCCUGUCUCACGGGGUCCCUGUGUCUGGGAUAAAAGAUCCCUUCUGGGGAGGCCCAGCACAGCCCCUCGUGGCUAGAUGGACAAGUGGAAAUGACACCCUUCGAGACAGAGAAGCGCAUUCCUGGAGGAGAAGGCUGUCCGUGGCUUCUGACCCCGAUGGCUGGGUUCUCUCUUCCCUGUGGGAGGCCUUGUGCCAUUGGAUGUCAGCUGCUGAAGACAGCAAGAGGAGGGCAGCCCUGCUUAGGGAAGUUUUUAACGUUUGAUGUUUUAUCCUGUUUUAAUAUUCUGUUGGAAGCCGCCCAGAGUGGCUGGGGAAACCCAGCAAGAUAGGCGGAGUAAAAUAAUAAUAAUAAUAAUAAUAAUUAUUAUUAUUAUUAUUAUUAUUAUUAUUAUUAUUAUUAUAGCACUGCCCUUUUGCUCAGGUCCUACAGGAGGGCUGCACUUUGGGACCCUCCCUAAGCUGGACUAGGAGGGGCCUCCUGCUGCUGCUGCUGCUGCUGGGCUCUUCUGAGGGGUCCCUGAGUAUUUCCAGAGCAGCAAUCCCCAGGGACACAAACAGGCCCUGAUCAGAUGCUCAUCCCCAGCAGUUCCUCCCUGUCUCACUUGGCACGUGUGUGCUUUUCAGUCUUUGCCUUGGACCAGCUGAAUUGGUGCACAGUCUCUGACAAAGAGCUUGCCAAGUGCAGCGACAUGAGCAAAGCCUUCUUCAGGGCCAACAUUCGACCCCUGCUGACUUGUGUGAGAGGUGUCUCAGCCAGCGACUGCAUAUCGAUGAUCAAUGUAAGUCUAACUUGCUUGGGUCUGGGGUUGGGGAGGGGAGGCAACAUUUCUGGCUAUGACUGGAUGGAAGUUCUGGCCCUGCCUGUCCCCUCGGGUGUAGAGUCUCUUCUUUUUCAGGUAGUAAAAAGAUAAAGGACCCCUGGACGGUUAAGUCCAGUCAAAGGUGACCAGGGUUGUGGCACUCAUCUUACUUUCAGGCCAAGGGAGCCGGUGUCUGUCCACAGACAGCUUUCCAGGUCAUGUGGGCAGCCGAACUAUACCACUUCUGGCACAACGGGACACCAUGAUGGAAACCAGAGCACACAGAAAUGCCAUUUACCUUCCCACCACAGCAGUACCUAUUUAUCUACUUGCAUUGGCGUGCUUUCGAACUGCUAGGUUGGCAGGAGGUGGGACAGAGCAACGGGAGCUCACCCCGUCACGGGGAUUUGAACCGCCAACCUUCCGAUUGGCAAACCCAAGAGGCUCAGUGGUUUAGACCAUAGCGCCACCCGCGUCUCAGGCAGUACCAUCCUAUGGAUGUGUUAGGAAUUGCUGGGGACCACAGCAAGAGGGGUUGCUGGGCUUGUGUCCUGAGCACUCAGCGGCUGCCCCGCUUCCCCUUCCGACAACCUGAUGCCAGCUGGGCUGCCCUUUGCUGAUGCUGUCAGAGAGACAGGGAGGUUGGGAGAUGGGCUUGCCCAGCCGUUGUGAAGGAGAAAGUGGCAAGCGGCGGGCUUCUUCCUCCCUGCUGCUUCUCUUAAUUGCCAGGCAGGCAGGUGUGCAGAGCACAGGGUGAUGCCUUUGCCUCUGUUUCUUCCUCCAGUCUCAUGUUUUGAAUCCUUGUUUCUUCUGCUCCCCCUUGGUCACCUCCUUCCCUCCCUCAGGCACAUCAGCAAGCCCAGGCUAGGCUGGUGGCUUGGCUGUGCUGAAACUUCCCUGUGGUAUUCACCCUGUUGUUAAAUGGCUGACUAUGAGGUGGGCAGGAUCUGGGAUCAGCCACCAGGAGGAAGGCAGCUCCUUCUGGCCAGGAACUGAACUUUGCUAGCCAGGGCUGUUGUGCAGAUGUGUGAGAUAUGGGCAGACAUAUCUUGCUGCCUGUGACGUACCUUCCUUGGUGGUUCCUUGGGGGUUAUAGGUCAAGGCGGUGAAACCCCAUUGUGGAUGUGGGAAAGGUCAGUCUCCUGUUUGAGAGGCUCUAUGGCUUUCUGUAUCCCACUGGGCUGAGCCUGUGACUGACAGCAUGAUGAUGGGGGUGGGGGGUUGCCUCCAGAUGUCGUCAUCCUGGCAGUUGGGCAGUUCAAGGUGGAACUCUGCAUGAGAGAGAAGGAAAACCUUAGGGAGCUGCAGGAUUGGCAAACCAAGUGUUGCUACUUGAGAGCAGGAUUCCCCAGAGAGCCUGCUGAGCUGAGGGAAUGUUUAGCCCAGGGAAAAUGGGGGGCAUUUUCAUUGGUUCUCUUUUGCUAUUUGUCUCCAAAGGGAAGCACGCUACACCUCUUUUUCUUAAAAAUCCAUAUUUUUUUCCACUUUAGUAAACUCUUUUCUUGUUUCAUGACCACUAUGUGGUCUCAGCUUAUUUUUAACUCUCUCUCUACCUUCACACUACCUUCAGAGGCUUCAAUGAGACCCCAGGGAAACUUGGGGGCUGGUGGCUAUGAGGAAGCCUGGUGGAAAUGGCUACCCUCUUACCAAAUUCUUGAAGAAGGGAGGCUGGGCUGGGCAGAGGGGUCUCUUGGCAUGAGCCUGCAACUCCCUUCCCUCCUAAGGGGCUGCCAAGCAGGUACCUAAAAUGCCCUCCCAUUUCCUUGACAGGCAAGUGUGGCGGAUGUGGCAGCCGUGGAUGGCGGCACCAUUUAUCAGGCUGGAAAGGAAUACAACCUGAAGCCAGUGGUGGGAGAAGCCUAUGGCCAAGGUAAGUGAGUUGUUGCCAGCAUCCGUCCCUCUGUUCAGGCAGGACCCAGCAGCUGCUCCACUUGUGUGCCACAAAUGCCUUUUCUGCUGAUAACACAUGGGUGCUGGGGGGAAGAGCAGUGCCACAUAAUCUGUAUGCACAGCCAUCUUCCUUCCAUCCAGCCUCACAACACCCACGUGGAAAGAGAAGCACUGGUGCUUUCAUUUUGUGUGGAGGAACUCAGUGGAGAAAGUGACUUGGCCAGUUCAGUCCAGCAAGGCCAGCACUGGGAGGCAGGAUCUCUGUGAGCCAAAUCCAGUUCACUCACUGCCCACCUGGGCAACGGCUCUUCCCAGUUGCAGCAGCAAUUGAUUCCAGCAGGCGAAGUCAAGCACUGAGCACGGUUCAAAUGUGGGGAACAGCCAAGUGACUGUGUGCAUGAAAAGCCAUGCUGACUGGACAGGGCUCCAGUGGCAUCCAGGGUGCCAUCCUGCUGAGGCCCUGGAGGUCCAAGGCCUUCCUCAGACUGACAGGCCCCCUUCCCACCAUCCCUGUGCAGAUGUUGGCACAUCCUACUACGCCGUGGCUGUUGUGAGAGCAAACUCCAACUUGACCAUCGACAGCUUGCUGAGGACCAAGUCGUGCCACACGGGCAUCAACAGGACAGCCGGCUGGAACGUCCCCAUUGGCUUUCUUCGUGACAGCGGCCGGAUGCCAGUGAUGGGCUGCGAGGUAGCUGCAGGUGAGGCCUGCCUGCAAAGGGCUGGUUGAGGACGUGCCACCAGCUUCUGAAUUGCAGAAAGUCAAACUGCUCCUCUGAGCAGUUGCACAGAUGUCCGUACAUUUAUAUAAUAUUCUGGACUGGGAUUGUGGUUGGGUUGCAGCUGGCACAGGAACACCCCCAUGUCCUGCCAAAGGAGGUUUUUGUGUGCAGAAUUUGACCAUGUUCUCUGCAAUUGCCACGUCCAGAGCCUUGCUUUGCUUUGCAAAAGUCCCAGAGAGAGAGGGUUCUCUUCCCACCCCACAGUGUGUGUGUUGGGGUCGGGGAAGGUGCACAGCAUCACCUGCAGAGCCCUGAACAUGCUGGGUCCUGAUGUACUCAGUUGCACACACAGAAGAAGACUCUCACUCCCCAGCAUUGGUUUGUGCUCAGCACAGAGGGAAACGGGGGUUGUGUGUGCAUGUGGGGCUUUGUGGCUCCUUGGCUGGCUGUGAGCUGCACAGGUGUGUCCCUUGAGCUGGGCCAGGGCGGCUCUCUUGGCCAGAGGGAGGGCUGUCCCUCCUUGUGUUGAGAGCUCCUUCCAGCCUUGACCUGAGCCCAGCAAGGCUGCUUCUCCAGCUGCUUUCUCCCCUGGGGCCAGGGGUGGCAGCGGGGGCUGCUCUGGCCUGGCUUGUGGGUCCAGCCCCUCACUCCUCCUUCUCUUCCAGCCGUGGGCAACUAUUUCAGCGCCAGCUGUGUCCCUGGAGCCAGUGGAAACGGCUACCCAGCUAACCUCUGUGAGCUCUGCAGAGGAGACGGGGCCGGCCGGGGGAAAUGUGAGCUGAGCCCCAACGAGGAAUAUUACGACUAUAUGGGCGCCUUCAGGUACCUUUGGGGGACCAGAGAGUGGGGCCCGUUCCCCUGGAAAUCUAUGAAUGCUGAGGAAUAAAGAAAGCUUGGCUUAUUAUAUGACAUGAAAGUCACAGAAUAUAUCAAUGCUGCUUCUUCAGGCAGCAACAUUACAACUGAAGCAGGCAGCAAACCCUACCCUGCGCUAAAGUGGCAAUCAUUCAGGUUGUUACGGAAAAAUCUAAGUGUGAGGCUGCUCAGUCCCCCAGCUGGUCAGGCAGAGCCCGCGGGUCCCUGCGGGAUAAAGGAAGGAUUCCAGCCACCAACUGGAGCAAAUAGCUGUUGACCAAAGUUUAUUGUGCAAUACAGUGGUACCUCGGGUUAAGUACUUAAUUCGUUCCGGAGGUCCGUACUCAACCUGAAACUGUUCUUAACCUGAAGCACCACUUUAGCUAAUGGGGCCUCCUCCUGCUGCCACGCCUCCAGAGCACAAUUUCUGUUCUCAUCCUGAAGCAAAGUUCUUAACCUGAAGCACUAUUUCUGGGUUAGCGAAGUCUGUAACCUGAAGCGUAUGUAACCUGAGGUACCACUGUAGGUUGAAAGAGGAAAUUUGAACCCUGAGGAGCGUCUCCGCCCCCAUCGUUCUGCCCAGACGCUGAGGUCCAGCGCCGAGGGCCUUCUGGCGGUUCCCUCACUGCGAGAAGCAAAGCUACAGGGAAGCAGGCAGAGGGCCUUCUCGGUAGUGGGAGCCUUAUCUCACCAUGCUGUGCUUCUGCAGCCAUUGUGGGGCCUUGACUGUGCCUCGGUUUCCCCUCAGGUGCCUGGUGGACGGAGCAGGGGAGGUGGCCUUUGUGAAGCACAGCACAGUCGCCGAAGCCACCGAGGGUGAGUCAGCUUCUGCCAGGGGGAGCUGGUGGCCUCUGGGGUGAAGAUUUAGGCAUGUGCAGGUGCUGGGAGAGGGACCGAAGAGGGGGCACUAACUCCCUUUCCAGGAGUUGAAUUCUUCUUUCAACAACAUUGGAUUUAUGGGUCAGGAGGGAGUUAUUCCCUCUGCUUCUCUAGGUGAGAAGGGAAACGUCACCUGGGGAAGGAAUAAGGGCCUUUCUGGUUCUCCUGGGGCAGUUUUUAAAAUAAAUGGAACGCAAAGGCAUGAAGCAAGAACAGUGACAAAACUGCUCAGCUUGGCGCAGUUUCCUGUGGUCUCCCUUUCAGUGGUGCCCGUGGGAGUCCUGGUUUGCAGGGAGGGGAGCUGUCCCCGGCCUAUGUGGGUCACUGCCUGUGCUCUGCUCUGCCUUCCAGGCCAAGCUCCCCCCUCGUGGAUCCCGCUGGGGCUUCAGGCCACGGACUUCCAGCUCCUUUGCCGGGAUGGCAGCAGAGCAGCCGUGACGGAGUGGAGGUCCUGCCACUUGGCCCGUGUCCCUGCGCACGCCGUGGUGGCCAGGGAGGACGCGAAUGCCAGCCUCAUCUUCCAGCUGCUCAGCCAGGGGCAGGUGGGUCCCUCUGGCUCCCCGACCCCCUCCCCGGCUUCUGCUUCAGCUGCUGGCCUGACUGGAGAUGAGGGGUGCCCACCCCACCCCCAUGGCCUGCUGCAUCUCCCAGUGUCCCCUGCUCUGCAGAGAUGGAGAGGAAGGCGGGAUGCUGAGCUUCUCUGGGCUCUUCUCCCUCAAUUGCAGACUUGGGGGAGAUUGUGGUGUUAAGAAGAGCCAAGUUUCCUAACCGGGACUUCCUUUUCUGUCAUUGUUGCAGCAAAGGUUUAACACCGAAGGUGCUGAUUUCCAGAUGUUUGACUCUUCAGCCUAUGAUGGAAAGAAUCUUCUCUUCAAAGACUCCACCAUGGAGCUGGUUCCCAUUGAGGGGCAGUCCUACCAGGCCUGGCUGGGGGAAGAGUACAUGCAUGUCGUGCGGGGGCUGGACUGUGACCCUACAAGUAUGGGGCACCUGGGGGUUGUCUCUCUAAGGAAGAGCGGUGGCUCCUUUAUCUCAGAAUCAGCCCCUGGGUGGAGGGGAGGCCCUGGGAGUUGGGUGGGAGAGAAAGAGCCACAAGGGCUGGACAGAGGGUCAGCAAUGGGGUGGGGCAGGCAAACUAGCCUGGGUGUCUGUGGUCAAGGAGGCUUCGUGGUGAGAGCUGCCUCCUGCGGGAGGGAGUUCCACAGGGGAAUUCUGUGCUGCCUGAAGAAGGCCUUCCUCUUAUCUGUCCGGAGCCUUCCAAUGUUCAGCUUCAGGCUGGGUCCACCAGUUCUGGUGUGAGGAGAGAGGGAGGAAACUUUCUCUCUCUCCACUUUCUCAAUGCCAGGCAGAAUUUUAUAAACUUCUAUCAUGCUGCCUCUUCCUUGCCUCUGGGACUUUUUAGAGAAGUCCCCAGCGCUGCAAUCUUCCCUCGUAAGGGAGCAGCGGCACCCCUCUGACCGUUUUGGUGGUGCUUUCCUGAACCUUUCCCGCCCAAGGUCCAUGUGCUCCAGGGAAUUGAUCUGUUUCCAGAUGCUCUGACCCCCCACAUUCUGCUCUCCUUAACCUGUGGCCCUCCAGGUGUUUCUGAUGAGUGUUAGAGUCCCACAUCAUCUCACCUGCCUGAUGGCAGCCUUUCUGAGAAGAGUGCACUUGCAGCUUGGAGCUCUUUUCUCCCUUGUGGCAGCCACCGAGUUUCUUCUCAGUGUCUUUGCACAAGGACCCCCAGGAUCUCAGUCCUGCCACCCUCAGCGUGGGAUUUGCUGACCCAUUGCUUGCUUGCCUGGGAGCUGGGCCUGCCGUGGGCCUGCCAUGUUCUCAGCCGCUCUUUUUUCUGGGGCUACAGGGCUGCCUCCCUUCCUGCGCUGGUGCGUCUUGUCUACAGAGGAGAUCUGGAAAUGCAGCCAGAUGGCCACGGCCUUCAAGGACAAGCAGCUGAAGCCGGAGCUGCAGUGUGUUUCGGCAGAGAGUCCCGAGCAGUGCAUGGAGCGCAUCCAGGUGUGGUGCCCAGCGUGAUGGGUUAGCCUGGGGGCUGCUGCUGCCCUCUCCUGGCAGGGCCUGGGGCACCUGGGCAGACCUCAGGUGGCCAUCAGGGAGAUGGGGAGGGGUCUCAUCCCAGGGUCCUUGCCAGGCAGGCAGCAGGCUGUUUGACUAGGCUGCAUGAGAAUACCUGGCAUGGGGUGGUAGUGUUCUAUUGUAUCUCUUUUUCCUAUUUUCAUUCUGCUUUCCAGGCAAAUAUUGUCUCCCAAAGCCGCUCAGGGCAACUGAAAGGCGGGUGGAGAGACAGACAGAUGGAAUAAAAGAGAGAGACACUGCCCCAAGGAGAGAAAAGGCAGGAGGAAGAAGUGGGGGUGUCGGGGGCUGGGAAAUGGUCAGAAGGGGAAGGGCAGCAGCUCAGGGCUCUGCAUGCAGCUUCCAUCCCGGAGGGCAACUCCAGGUGGGGCUGUGGGAGGGCCUCACCCCAAAUCCCAGGAGAGCCAUGUCUGCCAGUCAGGGCAGACAGUGCUGGGAAGGGGAGGCAGCUGCCCAGGAUCCUCUGCCAGGAUCCUUCUGCUCUUCCCUCCCUGUGGCCCUGGCUGGGCAGGGGAGCUGCAACGGCUCCCUCUUCCUGCCCUUGGUGAUGGAUGGGGCUUAAUCCCCCCCCCCCAGGACCGGGGCAACUGGCCAUGGGAGCCAAGAGUUUGUUCUGGCCGUGGGGGGCAGGCAGGGGGAGCCAGCUCCUGGCAGCUGCUCCUUCCUGUUCUCCACAUCCAAAUAGGCGCCUGGACACAGCAGAAUCGGUGCCUUGGCUGAGAGAAUUUGCAGCGGCCCUGAAGCACCGGGCGCCAGUUGGGGCAGUGGGGGCCUUUCUUCUUCUGCCCGCUCCUCUUCCAUUGGGGGUUGGCGCCAUUUGGACGCACAGCCUCCCAAGCACAUCCCUGCAGGUGCAAAUGUCUCUCACCUCACCAGGAGCACCAGAGCUACUAGAGAAAGACAUGCCGGCCCUUUGCUUUAUUCAUUCAAAAUAAUGACCAGCAGCCAAAUAACAACGUUAAAAAAAUCACAAAACCUGCACCUGUCAGAACCAAUAAAAGACGUUGGGUCAAAACAGCAGCUGAAGCCCAGAGCAUCACCAUCCAUGAAUCCCAGGGUGGAGGUCUGGGCAAUGAGCUGGGGGCGGGUGUCAUUGGCAUCUAGAGAAGAGCCUUUGGCUAGUCUUGCCUUCACAGCCUGGCAGAGUUGCAUGGGCACCGAGGUGGUCCUUUGGGCACUGAGAAUCCUAGAAUUGUAGGGACCCCUGAGGGUCCUCUAGUCCACCCCCUUCAGUGCAGGAAUCUCAGCUCAAAGCAUCCACAACAGAUGGCCAUCCAACCUCUGCUCAAAACACUACCUUCUGAGGAAGUCCACCGUCCACCGCUGAACGGCUCUUUACCCUCUUGAAGCUCUUCCCAGCAUGUGCCGUGUGAUUUCCGACUGGGACUCUGGAAUUCAUGGCUUGCGCUCAGGGAGCCCUCCUUAGCCCAAGGGAGGUGGAGUGAAGCAGAGGGAUGUGAGCAUCUGGGCAUGGACUAAGCCGAAGCAAAGCUAUCAGGCAGCCAUGCCCAGAUGGGUUAGAGGGCAGGAUGGAUGUCACGUAUCUGGCGGGGAACAGACUACCAGGCCACAGGAGGGCUGGCUGCACUGGCUUCUCCUUGCCAUCUCCUGCUGGCCAUCCCCUUUGGGUCUCAGCCUGCCCCUCUGCAUCCAUUUCCUUCUGUGACCUGUGAGCAAGACAGGACAGUGCAGGAGGGGGCCAUUUGGGGACAGGCAUUGGGGCAGGCAGGCACCUCCGCUCCCCCCCCCCCAACGUGACUCAGCCGGGUCUUAAAAGGAUGUUUUGAUUUCCUUUCAGAACAGAGACAUUGACGUUGUGUCUUUGGCCGGAGAGGAUAUUUACACGGCCGGGGAGACAUAUGGCCUGGUGCCGGCUGCUGGCGAGCAUUACGCAGGUGAGGAGGCUGGCAGGACUGAAGGCCUCUUGUGUGCAAGCUGCUUUGUGGCCAGCCGGCUGGCGACUCAGUGCCCACAAACGUGGCCACCGCCCAGCUGGGCACCACAGAGCUGAACCAAGGGAUUCUCUAAGGACCUUUCCAGGCCUCCAGGAGGAGCCCCCAAGCGCAAAGGUCCGUGGGGCAAUUGGUGAUUGGCAGCAAAGACGCAAAGAGCCUGGAGGCCUCAGAUUUCUGGCUCAGACUGCGCUCAGGUGCUGAUCUUCAAGGAGACAGGAGACCCACCCCACUCCUUUCCCCCUUGCUCUCUUGCCCCGUGGGGCUCACAAGCCGAGGGCUUCCUUCCGGCCUUUGUGCUGGGGCGGGGCUCCCCUGAGGACAGUUGUGGGCAACCUGUCAGGUUCCUGGGUCACGCUGGCCCCAGAAGGUUUGGCCAGGAGUCCUUCAAGAGCUGGGGGGGCACACAUUGCCCACCUGUAACCCCGACUGGGGCAGGGGCUUGCCUUGCCAGUCUCGUACUGUGCCUUGGAGGGGCACUUUGGCUGCCAGUCUUUGCCCAGCUCUUCCUCUUUCCUCUAAGACAACAGUCACUGAACAAGGAGGACCCAAGGAGGGAAGCAUGUGUGUCUCGGGGGGGGGGGGGGGAGACCCUCCACUGUGUAAACAGAAAUGAUCCCUGUGCCUCUAUGGUGCCCCUUGUCUUUCCUGACCCCUUCAUUUCAAGCUCUUGUCCAAAGUGCUGCUCUUUUUUAGAGAUCCCCUUUUAAACAGCUAAAGGAGGGGGCAGAGGGGGCUCAGGGUUUCUUUUGUGCUUCCCGCCCCCCCAGAUGAGGACACCACCAGCACCUACUACGCAGUGGCCCUUGUGAGGCGGGUGGCUGAUGACGCCUUCACCAUCUACGAGCUGCAAGGAAGGAAGUCCUGCCACGCAGGUUAUGGGACAAUGGCUGGGUGGAAAAUGCCCAUUGGCCUCUUGCUGAAGAAGGGGUUCAUUCGUCCUCAGGACUGCAACAUCCCCAAAGGUAGGGGGCAGGAGGGGGCUGCUGUUUGGGACUCUGGGUUGACCCUUUGGGGCCAAAGGAGACAUGGAGGGCAGACACAGACCUCUGCUGGAGAGAGAGAGAGAAGGGGGAGCAAAGGGUGGAGGGGCCCUUGACCCCCCUUCUCCCCCUGCCUUUCUCCCAGCUCCGGCAUGUGGCUGCCCCCCCGGGGGGGUCAUGGGAUGCCCGCCACCAGGCCAGGGAAGGCAGGUGCUGAGGCCCGCUCUGGCCCAACAGAGGAAGUCGCCUGGUACUGAAGCAGGCCAGUGAUCCCCACCCCUCAGUCUUGGCUGUGCUGACAACAGAACUCGCCCUCUGGAGUCUCACAGCAUCGUAGAAUUGUAGAGUUGGAAGGGACCCCUGGGGUCAUCUAGUCCACUCCUGGUCUCAGGCAGGGAGUCUUCUCUGGCGCUGCCUGGGGUUGCGCCGGGGACCUUCUGCAUGCCUAGCAGGGACUCUGCCCUUGAGCUGUGGCCCACCAGCCUCUCAGGUGAGUCAGAGUUUGGCUUAGGAGAACUUUGCCCCAAAGCUCUGCCCUCAUCCUGGUUCAUCUGGGACCUGAUGAAGCCUCAUGCAUCCAGGCAGGGCCGGGCCCCUUCCAAGUCCCUCUUUCCGAGUGCCCAGCUGUUCUUGGGGCUCCUCCUGGCCUUGCUGAACCACACCCUCAUGGGCUCAUGCCCGGCUUCGCCCUCCUCCUCUCGUUCCAGCGGUGAGCACCUUCUUCUCUGGCAGCUGUGUUCCUGGGGCCCCGGGAGACGGCUACGUGGGCAGCCUCUGUGAGCUCUGCAUUGGGGACCUCAGUGGCAAAUACAAGUGCAUUGCCAGCAGCCAAGAACGUUACUAUGGCCACGCUGGAGCCUUCAGGUAACGGGGACUGGCAGGGGGGUGCCAGCUGGCCUGAGCCUCCAUUGCCUGGCAGGCGAGAGGAGGGGGUCUUUCCUCUUGCUUGCCACCCGGAAGGCUCUGGGGAGAGCAUGGGGCAUUCCCUGAGACAGAGCGGCACAUGUGUUGUCCAAGUCAGAUGGCGCUGAUUGCAGCAGGGAAGGGUGUUUUCAGUACAGAAAAAGGGGGGAUGUACUUGGUUCCUCUCAGCCCACAACCACCAAACCAACCAUGGAAGUUGUUCACAUCAGCCAAAGCUCCUGGCUGCCGCUGGCCAUUCCACCGGGGGGGGGGGGUCCCCAUGCCUUGCUUUGCUGCUGCUGGAGGUCCUUCUGCCACCUGCUUCCCACUUGCCGUCAAACUCUUGCUGUUCUUUGCAGGUGUUUAGCUGAGGGUAAAGGCGAUGUGGCCUUUGUCAAGCACUCCACAGUCUUUGAAAACACAGAUGGUAUGUUGCCCACUCUUCUCUUUUAUGAUCCCUCUCUCCCUCUCCUUGAAACCACUCUCUGAGCACUCUUGUCCUUCCAGGGAACAACAUGGGCUCCUGGGCCUCCCAGCUGCGCUCGGGGGAUUUCCAGCUCUUGUGCCCAAAUGGUGCCCGUGCGGAAGUUAGCCAGUUUGCCCACUGUCAUUGGGGACAGGUGCCCGCCCACGCCAUCAUGGUCCACCCAGACACAAAUGCUUUGGCUGUUUUUGGACUUCUGAACAUUGCACAGGUACCGGUUUAUGGCUUAGAAGAGAGAGAACACAAGAGGGCACCAUCGCCAUCUUCAUCCUCCGGAGGGCGCUCUUUUCUCUCACUGCUAUGCUUCCUGUUGGGCCCCUGGGUGGCCAGUGGGAGGUGGGCCCCCUUGGCCUGAUCCAGCACUGCCAGGCACUCCUUCUGUCUGCAUUUCCUCUGGUGAUUCUGCCCUCAAAGGCCAGGCUGGCGGCAAGGAGCCUGGUGCUCUCAGGAGGGGACCCGACACCCCUUGGCACUCUGGCCCCUGGUGGGGAUGCAAGAUCAGACAGUGGAGGUCCCUGCUAGUUCGUGUUUUUUUUUAAAUGAUAUUUAUUAAGAAUUUUAAAAUUACAGGAAAAACAAAAAGAAAAAGAAAGAAAAAAAAACAAAAGAAAAACAAACCACAAUCAAGCAAUACAAAUUGAUAAUCAAAAAGUAACAACAAAACACGUAACACAAGACAAUCAAAAAGCAAAAAUAAACCACAAAAAUUUAAAAACAAAUCCAAUAUUCCCAAAUCCUUAACUGUCAUUGCCUUAUUUCAUCGACCUCCUCACUCCUCCCUUUUUUGUAUCCUAGUUGUUAAUUAUCACAGCAAAUCCUUUCCAUUUUUCAUAAUAUUCUGUCAUUAAAUUACUUUAAUCUAUUUUAACCUUAUCUUACUAUAAAAGACCCUAAAACGUAAAACUUAGAUCUUAUUUAUACCAAUUUCUCAUAACCAUAACAUAUUCUUACAUAAUUCUUUUAACAUUUUUGCUAAAGCCAAAUGAUUUCGUUCCAACAUUUUUCUAACAUUCAUCAAUUUUAUAAAACAAUCCUAAUAAUUUUUUUAAAAAAACUUUCUUCCAAUCUUCAUCCAGCGUCUCUUCCUCCUGGUCCCGGGUUUUGUCAGUCCUUUCUAUCCCAUCAAUCUAGCUCAUUAACCUGGUAACCUUAUGUCCGAGGCCCUUAAGUCUCUUCCAUGUCCCUUCCGCGGCUCUUCUUCAUAUUUAUACCUGUACUUUACUUUGUCUUCUGCUCCUUUCACUCGUGGGAACUCCAACUUGACAGUGUUUUUGACCCUUCUCGACAAAUCAGCCCCUUUUCCAUAAUCCACACUAAACUCCAUGUGGUAUUUAAAAACAUGUUUCAAAAUCCCUCCAAAAUUAAGAGCCCCCACAACCCCAAACAUCUCACGGCCCAUUGCCAGACUUGAAAAGUCCAAACAUCCCUGCAUAGGGGGGUCUAUCCAACCCCCCAUUUCCAAACCAAACAAAACUCUAUCUCUCCAAGUCUGGUUUUUUCCAAGUUCAUUUGUCAAAUCCAACAACUCAUGUUCCGGCUGGGCCACAGCUCCCUCCAUCUCUGGCACCCAAGGUUCAGCAACAUCCUCUUCCCUCAUCUCAUCUGUCAGAGCACACUCCUGAUUUGAUUCCUGGGUGGGUUCUAUAUAGUUACCCACUACCUGUCCAAAAUUUCUGAUCGCAACAGUCAUCAAGUCCGUCUUCUCAUGUAACUGUUCCAAUAGGGCACUUGUUUUGCAGAAAGCACGCACCAGAGCUUCUGAAUACAUUGUUAUACAAGGUCAGAAGUCUAUUCCCACAAUUGUAAUCUGUUGCAGCUGCAGAGCUCCCCGAUUCAGAUUUAGUAACAGUUUCACAGGCUCCCUCUAGGGGAAGAACUUCUGUUUGUUCUUUUCUUUUAAAAGCAAAUCUAGCAGCAAAGUUUCCUUUUUCAGAUAUUUUGUCAAUAUUUGUUCCUUUAAAAUGCGAAGGAGAACUAUGGAAUCACUAUGUUUCUCUUCUUUUAACUGUCUGUCAAAGACGUUUGUCUAUGGUCAAUGAACUUCCCAAAAAACGUCACUCCUGACACCCCGCUCCCAGGUUCAAGACGGUGGAAAAUUACUUUUCUUUACACUCUCUUCUGCAGGUUUAACCAGUCCGGAAAAAAUCCCCCCUCUUCUCCUGCUUCCGAAGGGGGUUCAACAAUUUUAAAUGAUGAAAGUUAAUCCUUUACAAACGAUUUUCUGAACUCUAGUUUGCCAUGUCUUUGCUUUAAUCUAUCUACAAGAAACGGAAGGCGGACUUCCUGUUUAGACCUUCCUGUUUCAGUGCCAAAUUGAGAAGAAUUUCUUAGUUCAAAUUUCCUUUCUACUCGCAGGUCAUUAUUUAAAGUCCAAUUGUCCAAAAUUGAGCUACUCACGGGUAAUUGUUUUAAAAGCCAAAUUGUCCCAGGAAAAAGGCAGCGCUCUCCGGCAACGGCUAGGCGGCUUCGCUCCACAGAAGAAGCAGUUGACUCUCAGCACCGCGCCACUUGCCCCUCUUCGCUCCGGAGCCCGUAGCUGGGUUCCUUUACGGAUUGGGGGGGGCACAAAAGGUGCCCGCUGAGUCCCAUGGUCACAGGCUUCCUCCGCCUGUGAUUUUUCAAAGGGUUCCCACUUCGCCGUAGCAGGAAAGACCCGUUUUCUGUGGAGCCAGUCCCUCCAGAUCAGAGGGAGUCCGCCAUUACCGAUGGCGCCACCCCGGAAGUCCGUGCUAGUUCUUGGAUCCCUGUUUGGUUUCACAUGGUUUAGGUAGUUUAUUCUGCUGCUGGUUUAUUUGAACUUGGGGCUUAUCCACACUUCCCUUUCCUCCGCUCUCUGCAGGCAUGGCCCACAAUUUAAUGCUCUGUGUCCAAACACACACACCCUUUUUGAUCUACAGCCUCCCCCCCCCAACCCCACUCUUUACAGCUCAAUUGGAGCAAACGGCAAUCCAAAGAAAACCCCAAUUGACAUUUGCUCUGACUGAGCACUAAAGAGUGGGUUUUCGUGGGGAAAGUUCUGAGGCAAAAUAAAUGCUCCAACACAGAGUGUUAAAGCCCUUAGUGUUGUCGCUGUGUUGAGCUGCUCUGUUUCUGCUCACUCCCCUUGUGGGUCAGGAUCAAACAAAAAGCAGGGUGUAAAUGAAGCCCCCUUCUACCAUCCACCCUUCCUGCUCCUGAGAUUUGUGGGCUUGGUUUUGAUGCACUUUCUCAACCCUGUUUCCAACAAUGUACCCUCAUAGGAAACUCUCCACCCCUCCCACCCCACUUGGCACCAUAGAGUUGGAAGGGACCUCAAGGGUUAUCUAGUCCAACCACCUGGCAGUGCAGGAAAUCCAAGACUACAUCAUCCCUGCUAGGUAGGCCAUCCCAGUCUGUGCUUAACGUCUGGAUGCAAGUGAACAAGAAAUGAGAAUAGGAUCAACAUGGUCACAGCAGGAUUGUGGAGCAGCCAAGCAGCGGUAUUUCUCGGUAGCCAGGCUUGGCUUUUGCUAAGAUUUUUUUUAUAAGCUUCAAGCGUGGAAAUAGUAAAUGGGCAUCUAGGUGCCGUCAGCAUGAAAUGAAAAUAAAAUCAGGAAAAGGUUUCAGCAAUGGAGGAGAAGGGGCAGAUGAAUGAUGGGGGGGGGGGGGGAUGAACAAUGCAAAGGUUGUUGCAGAAAGGUGUAGAGCGGAGUUGUUGGUUAUGUUUAAACUUUCAUGGAAAAAUCCAAGGAAUCAGAGCACUGCAGUGUCACCCAUCCCUGGCAGCCCAGCAGACUCAGCCUCCUCCUUGAGUAAAUAUUUAUAGCAGCACUGCAGGCUGUGAGUGGGAAGGAUUCUUGGUCUGGAGGUGGCCCAGGAGCCUCCAGGCGAGUGAGGACUAAUUUGUGAUUCAGGAGUACAGAUUAGGUUCAUCUGUGAUGCUACAAAGCAAAACGCUAGCAAAACUAUCCAUUUAUAUUUCCAGCACUUAUGGAAUGUUUGAAAAGUAUAAAUUGUCUCAUUCAAAAAUAUGAUCCCAAGAAUAUGAUCUGAACCUCUGUGGGGGUUUUUUACAUGAAAUUAAUUUCAAAACAGAGUUUAAAAUGCAGACAACAAAAAGGAAUGAACACAACACUUGAUAAGAUCAUAAAAAGGAAUCCCACUAAAAGUCGAAACAAAAUAAAAAAUCCUUCCAGUAGCACCUUAGAGACCAACUAGUUUGUUACUGGUACGGCUUUCGUAUGCAUGCACACAAAAGCCAUACCGAUAACACUUAGUUGGUCUCUAAGGUGCUACUGGAAGGAAUUUUUUAAAUUUUGUUUUGACUAUGGUAGACCAACAUGGCUACCUACCUGUAACCCACUAAAAGUGUUAGUUGCUUACCUGAGCAGUUCCUGGUUGGCGCACAAAUUUUCACUGGGUCCUCCAGUAGAGGUUCAGGAAGAGGAGGAGGACGAGGAGGAGGAGGAGGAGGAAGAAGAAGAAUUUAUGCCCCGCCCACCCAGCUGGGUUUCCCCAGCCACUCUGGGUGGCUCCAAACAGAUUAAAAACAGAAAAAACAUCAAACAUUAAAAAGUUCCCUAAACGGCCAGUGAUAAAAACCACACUCAAGAUGAUAAUAGAAAGCAAUUUAUUGGUGUACAAAGCUUCACUGAAAGCAUGCUAUCUUCUCAGAAGAUAAUGGUAUUUUGAAGUUAGAGGAAAACAAAACAACUUAAAGCAAUGCAGUAUAGUAUUUUUUAGAACAGUAUCAUUUUAAAAUGGUGUAAGCCUAGCACUACAAUGGCAGUGACAGAGCAAUCAGCCAGUGUUUGCUUAAGGUCAGAGCUCCCCCAAUUUCUUCUAGUCCAUCUAGUUGUGAAGCAUAAUUUCUAAGCAUAUUCACCUUUUGGAAUUAAGUUAAUAGUGAGCCAAACAAGGCAACCCAGUGUAGCGAACUUCUUGCUUCUCCCCGCUCUGGUGCUGGGAAUCACAAGGUGCUGGGAACCCCCCUGCCUGCUCGCUGCAAACUCUGGCAGGCAGCAGCUCCUCAGCCCCCCCCCCCCCCGCCGCUCCAAAAUGAGAGGUGUUCCUGGGUGUAAUCAGGGACCUCUGCUUGGCUUUCAGGACUUCUUUGGCGACCACAAUGAAAAUGGAUUCCAAAUGUUCAACUCUACAGCCUUCGAAGGGGAAGAUUUGAUCUUCAGGGACUCCACCGUUGCCAUUGUGCCAGUUGGGGCGAGGAGGACGGCCAUCUCCUGGCUGGGGGAACCAUUUGUGGAGGCCCUGCAGGGCCUGAGGGCUUCCCAGUGCUCUGGGGCAGGUGAGUCUGAGAAGCCCCAUGGACUCCCCCUCCCCUGCCCUCUCCUGUCCCUGCAGCAGGGAGAAGUGACCCAUGGGCUAUAUCCAGCAUGCCCAGUGUCUUUGUGUGGGUCACAUCAGCAUACUAGUUUAUUAUAUGACAGUUCCAUUUCUGUCAUUCCAAUAAUCGACAAAACAGGCCUGUCUCUCAACACAGUGAGUAUAUCACAGCCUCCCUGCUCUCCAUUGAAUCAGUUCAGUUGAUAUGUCCAUUUCUGCCAUUUCUAAGUAUAGUAGCAUUACUUUCAUUCAACGUAUAUCCCACCCUUUCUCCCAAAGGAGCCUGGGGUGCAAAAACACCAUUGAAACAAUGUCCUUUUAAAAGCUUAUGUGAAUUUUUGUUAAUGAAUGUGUCUGGCUACUCCUGAGGGUCCCUGGGGGGGAGGGGAGGGAUCCCUGAUCCUGGGCUGUGAGGGGAGAGGAAGCAAUCCAUAUCCCAGUCCUAGCACUGAGCUGAGAGGAAAGAGACUGCUCCCCCCUCACCAAUCUGGGGAAGGAGUGAGGGGAGGAUAGGCAUCCUUGUCCCUGCAUAUAUCUGGGCCUCAAAGAUUCUGUGGAACACAGUGAUCCUCACGCCUUCCGUGUAGCAUAUAAGUUUGUUUGCUUUUAAAAUAUUUUUAAUUAAUUUUUCACAAAGAAAAAAAACUUUACAAAUUUUAACAUAAACCUUAAUUUACUUCAUCACUUGACUUGGAAGUUUAUAAACUUAUGCAUGGCAUGGGGAAGGUAGAUAGAGGAAAGCUUUUUGCCCUCUCUCCCAACACUGAAACUUGUGGACAUCCAAUGAAACUGAGUGUUGGAAGAUUCAGGACAAAGAAAAGAAAAUCCUUCUUCACACAGCUUAGUUAAACUCUGGAACUCCCUCCCACUGGAGGCAGUGAUGGCCACCAACCUGGAUGGCUUUAAAAGAGGAUUCGACAAAUUCCUGGAGGGUCAGGGGCUCCUUGCCCUGAUGGCUCUGCUCUGCCUCCACUGUGGGAAGCAGUUUGCCUCUGAAUCUCAGCUGUCGGGAAUCCCAAAUGCAACUAGUGCUAUUCCAUGCAGGUCCUGCUUCUGGGCUUCCUACCAGCUUCCAGUUGGCCAAUGGGAGAGCAGGUGGUUGGUCCUGCAGGCCCUUCUUAUAUCUUUAUGUCCAUAUGUUACAUUCCAGCUUUGUCAGUGAAUGUCUUCCUCCUGCUGCUGAUGACAAGUCUUGGUCUUGCUGGAUUCUGCUGUCCGUGA